UAUUUUAAAUUAUUUAGGCUCAAGCCGCACACGUCCCAAAUACUCCAAAGGGGUCAGGCACGAUGGGAAUUGUUAUGCCGAUGUAUACUUUUGGGAUAAUUUGCUUCUUUGUCUACACCUUAAUGAAGCUCGUUUCCUGGUAUUUCAUGGUCAAUGUGACUUGCGACUAUGUGUAUUCGUGUCUCUGCAUCCUCUUUAAAAAGCCGGCUGACGAGAUUUCUCCUCCCGUGAAACCUCAACCCAUCCUAAAAGAUCUGAUUGACCCAGACCACCGGAAGUAUGGAGCCUACUCCUCCUCCGAGGAUGCAUACCCCAACGGAUCCGAACGGUCGAAGAAGGUCGUAGACGACUACAAGCAGAAGGAGGAUGCAAAUAGGAGGAAGGCUUCGGCAGGUGCUGCUGCAGGAAAAAGCGACACUUUCAAGGGUCGACUAGAACGUGAAACAGUUUCCCAAGAAGAAGAUUAUUCCAAAGAUGAUGAUGGCGACGACGAGAAGAGUGAAAUUCACAAUACUGAUUCUUGGUCGCCGAAUGAAACUACCACGUCGUCUUCUUACGAGCCCUCGUCAUCAUCUAUGGAACAAGAUACGAUGAUUUUAGCCGCAACGAAAAAAGCCGUACCUCCAACCUUGACCGUGCAACCACCCACUCCGUCCACGCCGCCUGUGGCGUCAGAAAUUUUUGUAGAGCCGCAAAAAAUACCUGAGGUUGCAACGAUAAUUGAGCAUGACGAUAAUAAAACGACUACCACUACUACUCCUGGCGACGAUAAGACAGACUUUUUCGUUGAUAACCCUCCCCAAAACCCUAGCGAUGAACGACUAACGCCAGAACAGCUAACAUCCGCUGCUCUAUUUUUUGAUGAAACGAUAGAAAUUUCCGACGCUGAUUUUGAACAUGUUUCUUGCCCAACUGGAAAAUUAGACGCUUCCCGACACGAUGGACAACAAGAGGACAAAAUUGACGACGAACUUUCACCCGUCAUCAGUGCUACUCCACCUUCCCCGCAACUUGUCGAGUAUGCUGGAUCCUUGGCUAACCGCAUUUUGGCCGAUGCCACAAGUGAUGCAUCAUCCCCCGCACAAGUCGUCACGCAAGAUGUCCUCCUCACCAAGCCGGGCGUAUCUGAUAAUAACGUGUCAAUCCCCGCAGCUGGUGAAAGUAGUAGGAAAGAGGACGUUUGCUCACAAGAAUCUCAUCCUGGAGCUCGAGAUCGAGAUGCCAUUGUGAAAGCUGUGCAAGGAAUUCUUGACCAAGUGUCCGCGUUGGGACAGCAAGCGUCGAAAAUUGAGACUGAUGAAUUAACAAAGAUAUCACAAAAGAAUGAAGAGUCUCGUUCUUCGUCUAAGCCGGAAAAAGAGGUGGACUUAGAACAACCCAAAGGCUCAAUUAAGGAGGAAAAUAAAAAAUCCGAAGAGAAAGCAAAGUUGGAGCCGGAACGAAAAUCUUCCGUGAAACGACAUCCCAGUGCAGAGAAAGAGGUGACGUUCCAACUUCCGGAGGCCAAGAAACCGGAAGUGGAGGAUGACGAAGAGGAAGAAGAAGUUGAGGAGGAGGAGGAGGAAGAAGAGGAACCCGUACGACCCCCAACGCCGCCGAGACACGGCGGUUCGAAAAAGUCGAAACAUAACCAACACCUCAGCCCAUCCACCACCACCACCACCAAUGAGUCAACCACCAACCACACCCCCGUUCUUGUCCCCCCUGAACUUAUCCUCUUUGCCCAACAACUAUCCUCGCAUAUUAUACAACAGAGUGCGGCUGCUGCAAUCGCGUUGGCUAAACAGGCCUCCUCCCCACAAUCUCAACAACACCGAGAAAUCCUCUCAGUCCUCGGGAUCGAAGAAACGGCGGAGAUGGAGUCUGGCGAAAAGUGGGACGAUCGAACGCCAACGCCCACCUUCCGAAUGGCGACGCCUCCCGUGCCCCACCGGGCGCCAUCUCCUCCGGAGGAUAUCCCCUCCAUUUUUCUAGAGGGACCACUCCCCAUGGCGGGACAGCAACUAAUGGUCUCAGACUCCCAGGUGGAAAUGGAAGGGGGAGAUUAUGGCGAUGACUAUGAGAAUAACACGGCGCCAAUAAUCCUAUCUGGGAAGGUAACCCUUUCAGUGAUUUCUGGUGGGGGAGGUGCCCCCGACGAGAUUACGGAUGCCUCCUCCCUCUCGUAUGAUGACAAAGGGAAGAAUAAAAACAAAACGGCAAUAAAGGCAGAAAAGGGGCUCAGCAACGCGAGGAAAACGCCUGCCUCGACUAGUCAUAAGGAGUACGAAGACAUAAAGAAAGGUUUCAAAAAUGACGAGGACAGCGAUGAUGUUGAUCUUACGACAUAUUUAACGGCCGAAGCGGACAACGACGGGCAGAACAAUAAGGAGGACACGGAAGGUGACAUUUCCGUCAUGGGUAAAAUUGAAGAACUUCCCAAAGACGAAGAGUAAUAACUGAUGACGAUCAAAGAUUUUGUAAAAUGACUUCAACAAUCAACCUGAAAUUACUCUUAACAACAAAGGUGGCGAUACAUAAUAUUUAUCUACAGCUAUAACACAGCUAAUCAUCGACUCUUCCUCUUAUGUGUUAGAUAAUGAUUAAUUAUGAGAUCACGUCUAUGCAUGUACUCUUAAUUUACCUGUGUAAUUAUUAUUAUUGGAGGAAUAAAAUUGUCCUUGACUAGUCAA